UCUCCGCGAAUAAUUUCAAUUAUUAUCAACAUGUUCCUCAUUUCUAGAAAUAUAGCAAAGUUAGUGUUACGCAAUGGCCGCGCUAUAUCUACAACUUCUUCAUUGCGUGAUCCAAGAAGCCUUGUAAAACUGAAAACACUGCAAUCUGCCUACCAAGUGGAGGAUGGGGUGCCCAUUUAUUUAAAAAGUGGUUUUCUUGAUCGAUUGCUAUAUUCUACAACUAUAGUACUAACAGUUGUCGGUUUGGUAAAUACUUUGAUUACAAUUUAUAACCACGCGCGACCCAAUUCUUGGAAGACGGAAGCAUGUUAAUGGACCGACUAUAGCACCCCAUUGAACAUACUUUAGCUUACACAACAAGGAAUGCCUAUAUUAGAUGAUAUUAUGUCAUUUGAAAUGUUGGACGUAAAAAUCGGUAUAACGUCGCCGUCGUCGGUUGACAUAUCGAAUUCAUUUUUCGUGAGAUAAUAAAUUUAUAGUGUGUGUAGAUAAAUGUAUUUCAU